GUGGUGCGGCCGCCGAGCGGAGCGGAGCCGCUGGUGUAAGAUGGCGGCCGCGCUGCCCGAGCGGAGCGCGUUGACCUACUGCCUCCACAAAUGGUCCAGCUACUCGUCUACCUACGUGCCCGAGAAUAUUUUGGUGGAUAAACCCAGCGAUCAAUCUUCGAGAUGGUCCUCUGAAAGCAACUACCCACCCCAGUACUUGAUUCUGAAACUUGAGAGGCCAGCAAUAGUCCAGAGCAUCACCUUUGGAAAAUAUGAGAAGACUCAUGUUUGCAACCUGAAGAAGUUCAAAGUUUAUGGGGGAAUGAGCGAAGAGAACAUGACUGAACUGCUGUCAAGUGGCUUAAAGAAUGAUUACAACAAGGAGACUUUCACGUUGAAGCACAAAAUUGAUGAUCAGAUGUUCCCCUGUCGUUUCAUUAAAAUAGUUCCAUUAAUGUCUUGGGGUCCCAGCUUUAACUUCAGCAUCUGGUAUGUUGAAGUACAUGGAAUAGAUGAACCAGAUAUUGUACAACCUUGCCUUAACUGGUACAGCAAGUACCGUGAACAAGAAGCCAUUAGGCUAUGCUUGAAACACUUCCGCCAGCACAACUACACUGAGGCCUUUGAGUCACUGCAGAAGAAAACUAAGAUUGCAUUGGAGCACCCAAUGUUAACUGAACUGCAUGACAAGUUGGUUCUGAAAGGCGAUUUUGAUGCUUGUGAAGGACUGAUUGAGAAAGCUGUCAGUGAUGGUUUGUUUAAUCAGUACAUUAGUCAACAAGAAUACAAGCCCCGGUGGACACAGAUCAUCCCUCAAAGCAACAAAGGUGAUGGUGAAGACAAUCGACCUGGAAUGCGGGGAGGCCAUCAGAUGGUGAUCGAUGUACAAACAGAAACAGUCUAUUUAUUUGGUGGUUGGGAUGGAACGCAGGAUUUGGCAGAUUUCUGGGCCUACAGUGUUAAAGAAAACCAGUGGACUUUUAUAUCUAGAGAUACUGAGAAAGAGAGUGGCCCAAGUGCUCGAUCUUGCCACAAGAUGUGUAUUGACACAACUCGGAGACAGAUAUAUACACUAGGGCGUUAUUUGGAUUCUUCUGUGAGGAAUAGCAAGUCUCUGAAGAGUGACUUCUAUCGCUAUGAUAUAGAUACCAAUGAAUGGUCAUUGUUAAGUGAAGACACAGCAAAUGAUGGUGGACCAAAGUUGGUGUUUGAUCAUCAGAUGUGUAUGGAUUCUGAAAAGCACAUGAUUUACACAUUUGGUGGAAGGAUAUUAACCUGCAAUGGAAAUGUUGAUGACACUCGAGCUAACGAACCACAGUUCAGUGGACUCUUUGCUUAUCAUUGUCUCUCUAACACUUGGAAGCUACUUCGAGAAGACUCUUGCAAUGCUGGACCUGAAGAUGUGCAGUCUCGGAUUGGGCACUGCAUGCUCUUCCAUACAAAAAAUCGGUGCCUUUAUGUUUUUGGUGGGCAGAGGUCAAAAACGUAUUUGAAUGAUUUCUUCAGUUACGAUGUGGACCACGACCACAUGGAAAUAAUAUCAGACGGGACAAAGAAGGACUCUGGUAUGGUUCCAAUGACAGGUUUCACUCAGAGGGCUACAAUCGACCCGGAGCUGAAUGAGAUUCAUGUCCUGUCAGGCCUCAGUAAAGACAAGGAUAAACGGGACGAGAAUGUUCGCAAUUCCUUCUGGAUUUAUGACAUUGCCCGAAACAGCUGGUCUUGUGUUUACAAGAACGAUCAGUCUCUAAAAGACAAUCCUAAUAAGAGCCUUCAAGAGGAGGAGCCUUGUCCUCGAUUUGCUCACCAGCUUGUAUAUGAUGAUAUGCACAAGGUUCACUACUUGUUUGGUGGAAAUCCCGGGAAGUCAUGCUCACCGAAGAUGAGACUGGACGACUUUUGGUCAUUGAAGCUUUGCCGCCCUUCCAAGGACUACCUCCUGAGACAUUGCAGAUACCUCAUCAGGAAGCACAGAUUUGAGGAGAAAGCUCGAGCAGAUCCUUUGACUGCUUUAAAAUACUUACAGAAUGAUUUGUAUGUGACUGUGGAUCAUUCGGAUCCAGAAGAAACUAAAGAGUUUCAGUUAUUGGCUCAAGCACUCUUCCGAUCUGGUUCAGAUUUUAUCCCAUUGGGUUUUUCAGAUGUCGAUCAGAAUUAUGCCCAGAGGACUGUGUUGUUUGAUACACUGGUAAACUUCUUUCCUGACAGCAUGACACCACCAAAAGGCAAUCUGGUUGAUCUCAUCACACUGUAGCUGGAUAGCAUUUGCUGGAUUCUGGCCGAAGAGAAAGUCGAUCACAUCUUUUAUACUUUGCUAGAUUGGAUUAUGAUUUUGGUUGGCAAAGGUGGUUUAUGUAAUACCCCGUCUUCUUUCUAGUUUUGAUUUGAGUAUCCAAUUUUGGUGGCGUUCCCAUGCCACCUAAAAACUGGGUUGGAACUGAUGCUGGCUUUGUGAAUAUGGGUUUGCUUCCCACACGUGUUCAGUCCUUUGCUGCAUUGGUAAAUAUUUAAAACUAUUUUGAGAUGAAAUAUUAAAUCCUGCCAUGUGACUGUCGAUAUAAACACACAGUUGGAAUUCUUAAUGUCUGGGCUGCUUCCUGGAAUAAUACUGCAGUGAUCGCAACUGACUUUCAUCAGUGGUAUUUCUGUCCAAUUUCAUUGUCAAUUUCUCAAUCCAACUGACCCAUCAAAUUCAGGUGUUGUUUUAACAUCUGCUGUUCUCGUUCUCUUUGACCUUUAAAGCAAUAUUAAUAACUGCUUCAAAAAGUUGUAGCUAUUUUUUUACAUUGAAUAAAUGUGAGUGCUGUGCAUCAUGUUCCCUGUGGGGCAGCUGACUCUGGAAAUCUCAGCGGGCAGACAAUAAUUGCUGCCAUUUGGAUGUGUUUUGACUUCAGAAUAAUUCCAUUCUACUGUUCACUUCUUUGUUUGCACUUCAAAGUUCCAGUCAUAUUUAUAGUGGAACUAACUUUAUUCUCCCUGUUUCCCAGCUUUUGAUUCAGCUUUCCAGAGAGCUUCAGUUGAACUGGCUGGAUUAAAAGUGUGAAAGAUCCAGUCUAGCCUUUUCUUCUUGUCAAGAUAUGAUUGCCAAACAAUGGCUAACAAAAAUAAAGUUGUUCUAUUUUCACUCA